GCUCAGGCCCAGAGCAUCCCCUCGACUCGAAGCCUUCCAGGGAAUCCCGAGGACUCCCCGGCGCUGCCCCACCCGGCCGGCCCGCACAUACGCCAAGCUGACGUGAUGGCCGCGGCCCAGGCCGGCGCCGACCCUCGCACCUGGUGCCGGGCCGCCGGCGCGAACAGGCACCUGAGCUUCCAGGCGCCCUACGGCCCCGGGAAGCCAGCGCUUCCGCUCAGCUCGGGGUGCUGCUCCCCACCCCUGGGGGGGCUGGCCUGCGAGUCUGAGAGGCCCACCGCUCUGCCGUUGAGCUACUGCGGCGACGCGGCGCCCGACAGGUUCACCUUCCAGUCGGACGCGCCCACGAGGAGCAGCUUCGAUUCCUCGGCCUGGGGCGCGCCGCAGGCGGAGCCGCCGGGGCGGUGGACCUUCAGCUCCGAGGUGAGCACUGCGCCAGACGCGACGCGGUCUCGGUGCUGGGGCAGCCCACCGGCCUCGAUGGGCUGCCCAUCGAACCCCGUGCCGUGCGACGUGAACCUGCGCCACCGCCGCAGCCUGGCGCCGCCGGAGCUGCUGGGCGGCGGCGAGGAGGGCCACAGCGAUGGCGAGAAGGACGACAUCGACGCCGGGGACGACGGCUUCCCGUCGAAGAUCCUGGUCUACCCCAACACGGACGACGAGGGCGAGGGCGAGCCCCAGAUGAAGGCCGCGUGGGAGCUCUGGCCCGUCCGCGCGCAGAGGCCCAGGCGUGGCCUCCCCCGGCCGGGGACCAUCCUGGGCACGCGCCCCCGCGAGGCCAGGGAGCAGGCGGCCCGCCAGGCCGCGCCGCCAACGCCGGUGCUGCGGCGUCCACCAGGCAUCCACUCCCUGGCGGCGGCUCCCGCGGCGACGGGCGGGACACAGCCGCUGGGAGUCCGCGGUGUCUCGGCCGCUGCCGCGACGGCCACCAGUACCGUGGUGGCCGAGGCCACCACGCAUCGGGAGGCCCAGGCCCAGGAGGCUGCCGGGAGGACGAGCCGGAAGGAUCGGCGCGACAGCCGGCCCAGGAUCACGACUCUGGUGGUGCGCAACUUGCACGUCCGCACGUCUCAGCAGGAGUUCCUCGACGAGGUCAACCGCAGCGGCUUCGCGGAGAAGUACGAUUUCGCAUACAUCCCAAGGAGCUUCGAGGACGGUUCCGGAAAAGGCAACGGCUUCAUCAAUUUCAAGACUCCUGAGGCGGCCAGGGCUUUUGCGGCCGCGUGGCACCGCUCCAGGCGCCUCGGCAUGGAGGACGAGACUGGCACAGUAGUCCCCCUCAACGUCUCCAACGCUUCUCUACAGGGCCUUGAGGCUAAUCUGCGCAAGUGGACUGGCGCGCGGGUGAUGCGCGUCAAGAAUCCAGAUUUUUUGCCUUUCGUCCUCAGGGACGUAGCGCCAGAGCCGCAGGCCUCCGCGCUGGAACCCCCAGGUUCUGCCGCCACCGUUGCGACGAAGCCUCGCUAAGACCACAAGGCUUCUGCCAACUGUAUCUCGGAUGUGUCGUAGGAUCGGCAUUGGGUUCAAAUUACGUUUGCAGGGCUGGCCACGGGACAUCCACAAUUCCCCACCCUGGCUCUACGUCCCAUUUUGGGCCACUUCGGUCUCACCCCCCAGACUCCGACAGGCGCGCUGGUGCGUCACGAUUGGGCGCGUUAGGGGCUCUCUGCUGCCGCGACCUUCAUAGACGUGCAUAGCUUGCGCUGGGACUCCACCUCUCGAGCAGGUCAUUUCGUAUAUCUCAUUCGGAUCAUCCUCUGUUGUUGUGUGUUUUUGCCCCAUCGUGCCGUGUCUUCGUAUCUCUCCGCCCGCUGAUGCAGCACAACGUUGGCUCGCGCAUUAUACCAGCAGUUUGUUCGAGCUCACUCUAGCUGCGCGCCCCUCGUGUGAAUUGAACUGUCCACUUUUGAACCCGAGCGGGAUCUCAGAGCCGCUCGUCAUCGGGCGCCACAUGCCAAUGUUUGUUUUGGGAUCGUUUCGGGGUGGUUUCACGUGGACCAUGAGAUCUUCUGGAGCGACAGCGGGUCUGGGGGCUGGUAGGAAGGGGAUCGCAGCGCAUUUUUCUGCGCGCGGUAUGAGUGGGGAGGGGAUUCCCUCGAAAGGAGCUCCCUCGAAGGAGCUCCCUCGAAAGGGGUUCCCUCGAAAGGAGCUCCCUCGAGAGGAGUUCCCUCGCCUGCAGCACCGUGCGCCGCCUUGCCCUUGGUGAGGACACUCGCGCUGUGACGCUCGGGGACCCUGCUUUCCCCUGAAGGCUUGGGGAACCGAGCGCGUGGUCUCCCCCGAGAGCUCGGGGAUGAAUCUUUCUCUUUCGGCGGGUGAAUCGUUUCACCCGGCGUGCGCGAACGAGAGCAUGGCGAUGAGCGACGAGAGUUGGAGGAAGGCUAGGAGGAGGGCGGCGGG